CAUUAUUUUCCCAAUAACAAAACCAAAAGUAGCCGUCCAAAUUAAAGCUAAACAUCAAACACAUUAAUUCCUCCCACUGGGGUCGCCAUUCUCCAUCCAAACCUUCUUUCCAUUUGACUGAAUGAGCAUUUAGUUUUAGUGAGCGAAGACAGUUAUGGACGAAUCGUGGCGGAUGCGAAUGGGAUCAUCAAUGCAAUCAUUACCGUCUAGAAAAUCUAUGGCUGAGGGGGCGACACGUCACUCUUUCACUUCCACGACUCUCUGUCCCGAAGAUUUCUCCGACGUUUUCGGUGGCCCACCACGGACGCUUCUUUCUCGGAAAUCCUCCGCUGACUUUACCAGCUCCUCUUCCUUCUACACUGAGAUAUUUCGGAAUCCCUCUCCAGAGUUGCUUUCUCCGCCGAAAAUGAGGGGCCGAGUCUUGCCGGGCUUCAGGAUUCCAGUCAGGUACGAAGGCUUCUACGACGACGUUUUCUCUUACAACGGAAGGAAAUCAAGGGAGAGGUCUCGGCCCAAGUCCAUGUACAAGUCAAAUUCCUCGUCGGUAUUGAGCUCGGAGGAGCUGAGUCCUCUCCAGCAACCGGACGGAGAUGAUGUGGCAUUGUCUUCCUAUGCUUCCAAGCUCAGGCCGAUCAACGUUCCAUGUAGAUGGAACUCAGGAGACGAUGAAGAUGAUAAGGUUGAGGCAGAGGCAGAGGCAAGACAGGAUGAAGGUGAAGGGAUGGAAAAUGAAAACAGCAAUGAGUUUUGCCGAAGCUCUUAUUAUUAUGGAUUUUCAGGACGUGUUUCAUCCCCAGAAACCAUUAUUAGUCUUGAACGCAGUUCAUUUCCAACCAUAAAAGUGUGUCUGGAUGAUUUACAGCUGAUAAACUCCCCUUCUUCUCCUGCUGCCUCAUCACUACUUUGUCAAGAAGAACAAGUAAUCGAUGAUGAUGUUGCGAGUUCGUAUGUGAUCGAGAUCAAUCCUGACUAUAGAGAUGGGGCUGGCGAAGCAGUCUCCAUUGAUGAAGCCAUUGCUUGGGCCAAGGAGAGGUUUCACCAACAACCCAACCAAGUUUCUAAUGAAAGGUCUAAGGCUAAUGAAUUGUUAGAUCGAGAAAUUCAAGGACAUGGAACCGUGCGUAAGCUUUCUUCCAUGGGCGAACAGAAGAAUUCGACAACUGAAGAAGGAAAAGAGCAGUCAGAAAAAAAUACUGAAAUGGAGGUUUUGGAAGAAGAAAUAAGAUUGUGGGCAGCUGGUAAGGAAACCAAUAUCCGUUUGCUGCUUUCAGCCCUGCAUCAUAUACUAUGGCCCAACAGUGGUUGGUACGCUGUUGCCCUAACACACCUCAUCGAUAGUUCACAUGUGAAGAAGGCAUAUCAAAGAGCAAGGCUGUGUCUCCACCCAGACAAACUACAGCAAAGAGGAGCAACACCCCAACAAAAAUAUGUUGCAGAGAAGGUCUUUGCCAUCCUUCAGGAUGCAUGGACUGCAUUCAUCUCUGAAGGCUUCCUCUAAGUAGUGUUGCAUUCAAACCGUGGGAACUCAGCUUUUGACCAAAUGUGGAACACUCUGCUGAAACCUAGAAUCUAGUCCUGAAUACUGUUGGUAUCAUGUUGAUUUAUAUAUAAUAAAAUUAUGCGUACUUAUUUUAAAUUCACAAAUAUAUACACAAUCAUGUAAUAAUAUACAUAAGUGUGUACCUAUUUGUGUACUCAAAGUGAGUAUACAUAAUAUUAUUCAACUUUAUAAUGUAUUCCAACUAUAUAUAGAGAUUGCAAUUUUGAUUUUUGA